AUGUAUAGCUAAAAAAUAUUGUGUGCAAAUCACUAUCCAUUUAAAAUAGUCAAAAGUUUAGGUUUAAACCGUAAAUAAGAUCUUCGAUGUAAUAAAUCCCAAAAAAAAAUUAAUAUUAGAGCAAAAAUUAGGUACAAUGACAUGCUUAAAUUUCAUUAGAAUUAGUGGGACAAUUGUUGAAAGAAUGAAAGUUGAGUGCCGAAAUUACGAGUUUGUUAUUUUAUAACGUAACUCUCCAUUUAAAUAGGGUACUAUAUUUAAAACGCGCUCUCCUUCUCUCACUACGAUACUCCUUCCGUGUUCUUAUCUGUUGAAUUAAAAGUAAAAAAAGAACGGGACCUUUGCCCCUUCCCCCAACUUAAAGCUGACCCAAAAAUUUACCCUUAUCAUCGUCGUCCUCUUCUUCUUCUUUCUUCUUCUUGUUCUUCAACCUUUUAUGAAUCUGUAAAAUUGUCCCUAGACUUUACACCCUUUCCUUCUCUCCAUUAAAAGAAAAUGCCUGAUAAAGUCCCAAUCUUAAUUAUUUGAUACUUUCCUUCAGUUUUAUUAUUCUUUUUCCACACACACGGUUUCCUCCUCCUUGCUUGAAUGGUGGGGUUUGGGUUUUAUAGCGUCUGAUUCUCGUCGUGACCUUUUCAAUUUCCGUCUUUAGAUUCCCAAAACCCUUGAAGAUUUCCCUAUUUCUGGUGAUUUUUUAAAUAUUUUUCAAACCCCACCUCCCCACAUGUUUUGGGGUUUGUCUGAUCUGGAUUGGAUCGCAAGGGUCUGUUAGUAUUAUAUUUGUAUUGGUGGUGGGAGUUCAGUAGCCAAGUCCUUUUUCUCAUCAAUCUCCGUCUGCCGCCUACUCAAACGACCCAGGAUAAAUUAUAAGAAAGUUGAUUUCAGUGAAUGUUAACGAUGGCUGCCAGACUGAAGCUGUAAUCCGUAUCGCUGAGAUUCGAAGGAAACCCUAUAGUUUCCGCCUUCCGUUUUUUUCUUUAUUCGGAUGUUUCAUUAGGGUUUCAUUGGGUUCAAAAUUUUAACGAUGGCAGCCAUCGACGUUACGAAAUAUUCCCAUAGCCCGACACACAAAGCCGUAGUAACAAAAGAUUACGGUGGUCUGAGAAAAAUCAUCGCCGGACUUCCACGCCUCUGUGACCCAUCAGAGAUCCACAACGAAUCAAUCUCUUUAACCGAGGAAGCCAAAGCCGAUACAAUCUCCUCCGUAAUCGACCGACGCGACGUCCCUAAUCGCGACACCCCACUUCACCUAGCAGUCAAACUUGGUGACGUCACCUCCACAGAAAUGCUCAUGCUUGCCGGAGCAGAUUGGAGCUUACAAAACGAACAUGGCUGGAGUGCUCUACAAGAAGCUAUAUGCAACAGAGAAGAAGUAAUCGCUAGAAUCAUAGUCAGACAUUAUCAACCAAUCGCCUGGGCUAAAUGGUGUCGCAGAUUACCUCGUUUAGUAGGAACAAUGAGACGAAUGCGUGAUUUCUACAUGGAAAUCACUUUCCAAUUCGAAAGCUCAGUCAUCCCGUUCAUUUCCCGAAUUGCCCCUUCCGAUACCUACAAAAUCUGGAAACGCGGCGCAAAUCUAAGGGCAGAUAUGACAUUAGCCGGUUUCGACGGAUUCCGUAUUCAACGCGCGGAUCAAACCGUUUUAUUCUUAGGAGACGGUUCCGAAGACGGAAAAGUCCCGCCCGGGUCCCUCUGUAUGAUCUCACACAAAAACAAAGAAGUGAUGAACGCGUUAGAUGGCGCAGGUGCACCGGCUUCUGACGCGGAGGUGCAACAGGAAGUCCAAGCCAUGUCUCAGACAAAUAUAUUCCGCCCGGGGAUUGAUGUGACACAAGCGGUUCUUUUACCUCAGAUGACGUGGCGCAGACAGGAGAAAACAGAAUCGGUUGGGAGUUGGAAAUGUAAAGUGUAUGAUAUGCAUAAUGUGGUUGUGAGUAUAAAGUCUAGGCGGGUCCCGGGUGCCAUGUCAGACGAUGAGUUUUUUUCAUCGUGUAAUGAAAACGAAACGGAAAGCGAGGAACUUAACGAGAUUUUAACAGACGAAGAGCGGAAGCAACUCGAGGCGGCACUAAAGUUUGAUUCUUCCGAAUUUGGCCACGAAAAUAACGAAAACGUGAUCGGGCAUCGACAUAGUUGUUUUGAACAACGCGAUAUUCCAAUUGAAGAUGUACCGAGUUACAAAAGUGGUGAGAUUAAAAUUGAGAAAGAUAAAAAAGGGUGGUUCGAUGGGUGGAGGAAAGGCGGGAAUAAAGUUGACCGGGGUGGUCGAAAGGGUGCACCGGGGGUGGCACCGCCGCGUGGGUCGUUAUGUUUAGAGGAAAAGGUUAGUGAUCUUCUCGGUGACUCACCCCCUAGUCAAAGUCAAAGUCAAGGUCAAGGUCAAAUUCAACCGGGGAGGCAUUCGAUGGAGGUGACUGUGAAAGAAAAUGAAAGUAGGAAAGUGAAGGAAUUGAAGGCGUCUUCUUCAAAUGGGUCAACAAGUGGGAAUAGAAGGAAAGAUGGAAGUCGUGAGAAUGAGUAUAAAAAAGGGUUAAGGCCGAUUCUUUGGCUUGCUCCUAAUUUUCCUUUGAGAACUGAGGAGCUUUUGCCUUUGCUUGAUAUAUUAGCGAAUAAAGUUAAGGCGAUAAGGAGAUUGAGAGAUUUGCUUACUACAAAGCUUCCAAUGGGGACUUUUCCUGUUAAGGUAGCAAUUCCAGUGAUCCCGACCAUAAGGGUUUUAGUUACUUUCACAAAAUUUGAAGAGCUACAACCGUUGGAUGAAUUCACAACCCCACCUACAAGUCCGACAAGUGGCGAUCGUGACAGCCCAUCGAUGGCCAAUCAAUCCUCCACGUCAUCAUCAUCAUGGUUCCAGUGGAUCAAAACUCCAUACCACCGUGCCAGCUCAUCAUCUGGUGCUUCAAGCAGUAGAAUCGAAACUACUCAAGACCCUUUUGCUAUUCCUGCUGACUACACAUGGAUCAGUGCAGAAGCCAAGAAGAAGAAAAUGCAGGAGAAGAACAAAUCAAAGAAAGGAAGAAGUCAAACUCAAACUCAAAUCAAAGAAUGAUUUGAUUGAUUGAUAUUUGAGAUAUAAUACCAAUUAUUGGCUAAAAUUGUUUUAUUGAAAAUGUUUUACUAAUUUGCACUUAGUUUAAAGAAGGAAGUUUGGAGCCAUGACUUGUGAGUCUUUCUUAGGGUUGAGACUCCAGUAAAUCAUUGUGGGGGGUAUAAAAAGUUGAAGUUGUGAUUCUUGAAUUGCUUCGUAGCCAUUGUGGAAUUUGAUUGUUUUGACUUUGUGGUCAAUGCGUUUGGUUUUUUCUUUUUUAUCCAUCUUUUUCACUAGUUUGUGCAUAAAAAAAGUUUUUUUUUCUAACAAUCUCACAAGUGCAAUGUGAAUUAGGUACACAACAACCCAUAAUUAAAGAAUGAGCUAAACGAAUGAAAUAGCUAUGUACUUUUGUUCAUUGUUUAUUUUAGCAUCUCACAAGUUUUUUUUUCUUAUAAAGGCAUUGUAUUUUGAAAAAUUUACCCAACUAUAAUAGUUAAAAUUGCUCUGUAUUUAGAUGACAUUGUUAUAAUUUGGUAUAUUUUUCAAAAUACAUUGUUGUAAUAAAAAAAAGAUGAAAACAGAAUGUUAUAAUCAACAAAUAAAUGAAAUUGUAUUUGCUAUUUUUUGUAGUUAACCUUUCAAGAAUUACACAUAUACGUGUAUUUUGAACCUCCCCUAGCUAUCCAUCAUCCGACACACUAUCAAUUGAACAAAGACCAAAACUUUAGUUUGGAUCUUGGUAAAAUGCCAAAAACAGGAAACAAAAACAUCAAAAGAUGAUUAUUGUAAGGUUUACCUGGGUUCAAAUUCUUUAACUUGAGCAAUAUUGUGCCAUGAUCAUCAAGCCAAGUUUACUCUUAAUUAGUAUUCCUCUAUGAUCAGUCCCAUCAAAUGUUAAUCAUGGACUUGCUUUUGAUACCGUUGAUCUUCCCUUGAUCUUGGUUUAUGAAAUCAAACUCCUUUUGCUGAUUUUGAUUUUGUUACUUGAUCUGUAAUCUGUUGUUGCUUUCUUGUUCUGGUUUUCUUUUGUUGGAGUCUGAUGAUGAUGCAUAGCUGGAGCAGACUCGAGAAUUGCAUCGAUUAUUUGUGGAUGCUUCCAGGGUACAUGUAAUUAAGCUUAGAGUACAACUCCAUCUCCUUCCUAUGAAGAAAUUUGAUCAUGAAAAAUGGAGGUUCUGAAGUCUGAUCAUAUGUUAUAAUAGUGAACAAUAAGUCCAAAAUUGGUAUGAGAUCUUUGGUAGGGGGCACAAUGCACUCAUGUU